GGAGCAGUCGUGCAUUCCCGCCUCGCCUCGGGUGUAGGGAUUGCAUAGAAAAGCAAAACUACACAGUCUUGACUGUGUAGUUUUGUUUUUAGGUUUAGAGGCUCACCGAUUCAUGUUGGAGAUGGUCGGAAAAACCAACUCUACAUAGGACGUCGUUUCAGAAGCAGCCUGGGCUUAGUCCCACCCUUUUUAGGCACUCUUGAGAAAUCAGAGUGCCUAAGAAGAUGACAACUCAAGCACCGACGUUUACGCAGCCGUUACAAAGCGUUGUGGUACUGGAGGGUAGUGCCGCAACCUUUGAGGCUCACGUUAGUGGUUUUCCAGUUCCUGAGGUGAGCUGGUUUAGGGAUGGCCAGGUUAUUUCCACUUCCACUCUGCCCGGCGUGCAGAUCUCCUUUAGCGAUGGCCGCGCUAGACUGACGAUCCCCGCCGUGACUAAAGCCAACAGUGGACGAUACUCCCUGAGAGCCACCAAUGGAUCUGGACAAGCGACUAGUACUGCUGAGCUUCUCGUUACAGCGGAGACAGCGCCACCCAACUUCGCUCAACGACUGCAGAGCAUGACCGUGAGACAAGGAAGCCAAGUGAGACUCCAAGUGAGAGUGACUGGAAUCCCUACACCUGUCGUGAAGUUCUACCGGGAUGGAGCUGAAAUUCAGAGCUCCCUUGAUUUCCAAAUUUCACAAGAAGGCGACCUCUACAGCUUACUGAUUGCGGAAGCAUACCCCGAAGACUCCGGGACCUAUUCAGUGAAUGCCACCAAUAGCGUUGGAAGAGCUACUUCGACUGCCGAAUUGCUGGUUCAAGGUGAAGAAGUAGUACCCGCUAAAAAGACAAAGACAAUUGUUUCGACUGCUCAGAUUUCAGAAACAAGACAAACCCGAAUUGAAAAGAAGAUUGAAGCCCACUUUGAUGCCAGAUCACUCACAACAGUUGAGAUGGUCAUAGAUGGUGCCACUGGGCAACAGCUGCCACAUAAAACACCUCCCAGGAUACCUCCUAAGCCAAAGUCAAGGUCUCCAACACCACCAUCCAUGUCCAUUGCUGCCAAAACACAACUGGCUCGACAGCAGUCCCCCUCACCAAUAAGACACUCUCCUUCCCCGGUCAGACAUGUGCGGGCACCCACUCCAUCUCCUGUGAGGUCUGUGUCCCCAGCAGGGAGGAUCUCCACAUCCCCCAUCAGAUCUGUGAAGUCACCCUUACUCGUCCGGAAGACUCAGACAUCCACCGUGGCCACAGGCCCCGAAGUGCCUCCCCCUUGGAAGCAAGAGGGCUACGUGGCCUCCUCAACUGAGGCUGAGAUGAGAGAGACAACAGUGACCAGCUCUACUCAGAUCAGGAGAGAAGAGAGGUGGGAAGGGAGAUAUGGUGUCCAGGAGCAAGUGACCAUCAGUGGAGCUGCGGGGGCUGCUGCCAGCAUAUCGGCCAGUGCUUCCUUUGCAGCAGGGGCUGCUGCUACUGGUGCCAAAGAGGUGAAACAAGAGACUGACAAGAGUGCAGCUGUUGCGACCGUUGUUGCUGCUGUUGAUAUGGCCAGAGUGAGAGAACCAGUGAUCAGUGCUGUAGAGCAGACUGCUCAGAGGACAACCACGACUGCUGUGCGGGUCCAACCUGCUCAAGAACAGGUGAGAAAAGAGGCGGAGAAGACUGCCGUAACACAGGUAGUAGUGGCCGCUGAUAAAGUCAAGGAACAAGAAUUAAAAUCAAGAACCAGAGAAGUAAUUGCAACAAAGCAAGAGCAGACGCACAUAACUCAUGAGCAGAUAAGAAAAGAAACUGAAAAAGCCUUUGUACCAAAGGUAGUAAUUUCCACAACUAAAGCCAAAGAACAAGAAACUAGAAUUACUGGAGAAAUUACUAUGAAACAAGAACAAAAGCAAAUAACUCAAGAAACAAUAAGACAGGAAACUGAGAAAACUGCUGCAUCCAUGGUGGUAGUUGCCACUGCCAAAUCCACAAAACUAGAAACAGUCCUGGGAACUCAAGAAGAAAUUGCCAUACAAGACCAAAGGCUCCUCAAUCAUGAACAGAUAAUGAAAGAAACUAGGAAAACAGUGGUGCCUAAAGUCAUAGUUGCCACACCCAAAGUCAAAGAACAAGAUUUAGUAUCAAGAACUAGAGAAGGCAUCACUACCAAAAGAGAUCAAGUCCAAAUAACUCAGGAAAAGAUCAGAAAGGAAGCUGAGAAAACUGCCUUGUCUACAAUAGCAGUUGCUACUGCUAAAGCCAAAGAACAAGAAACAAUACUGAGAACUAGAGAAGGAAUGGCUACUAGACAAGAACAAAUCCAAGUUACUCAUGGAAAGGUGGGCGCUGGGAAAAAGGCUGAAGCCGUAGCAACAGUUGUUGCUGCAGUUGAUCAGGCCCGUGUGAGAGAACCAAGAGAGCCCGGGCAUGUGGAAGAAACCUAUGCUCAGCAGACUACUUUGGAAUAUGGAUAUAAGGAACAUGUUUCCACCACAAAGGUACCUGAGCAUCCCCAGCGUCCAGCCUCCGAACCCCAUGUUGUCCCUAAAGCAGUCAAGCCUGUGGUGAUUCAAGCUCCAACUGAGACUCAUAUCAAAACUACUGAUCAAAUGGGAAUGCACAUAUCAUCACAGAUCAAGAAAACUACAGAUCUAACAACCGAAAGAUUAGUCCAUGUGGAUAAACGCCCCCGCACAGCAAGCCCUCACUUUACUGUUUCAAAAAUUUCUGUUCCUAAGACAGAACAUGGAUAUGAGGCAUCAAUAGCCGGUAGCGCUAUUGCCACGUUACAAAAAGAGUUGUCGGCCACAUCUUCUGCUCAGAAGAUCACCAAAUCGGUGAAGGCUCCCACUGUGAAGCCCGCAGAGACUAGAGUAAGGGCAGAGCCCACUCCUUCGCCCCAGUUUCCUUUUGCUGACAUGCCAGAUACUUACAAGAGUCAAGCUGGCAUUGAAGUGAAGAAGGAAGUAGGGGUGAGCAUCACUGGUACUGCUGUCCGCGAAGAACGCUUCGAAGUACUGCAUGGUCGUGAAGCCAAGGUAACAGAAACAGCAAGAGUACCUGCACCUGUUGAGAUUCCUGUUACUCCCCCAACUCUAGUCUCGGGCUUAAAAAAUGUGACUGUCAUAGAAGGUGAAUCUGUCACCUUGGAGUGCCACAUCUCUGGAUACCCAUCCCCCAAAGUGACAUGGUACAGAGAAGACUACCAAAUCGAAAGUUCCAUUGAUUUCCAGAUAACCUUCCAGAGUGGAAUUGCUCGCUUGAUGAUUCGUGAAGCCUUUGCAGAAGACAGCGGGCGAUUCACUUGCAGUGCUGUCAACGAGGCUGGGACCGUCAGCACAUCCUGCUACCUAGCAGUACAGGUUUCAGAAGAAUUUGAAAAGGAAACAACAGCGGUGACUGAGAAAUUCACCACUGAAGAGAAACGCUUUGUUGAGUCAAGAGAUGUGGUAAUGACUGAUACUAGCAUCACAGAGGAACAAGCAGGGCCCGGAGAACCUGCCGCCCCUUUCUUCAUUACAAAACCAGUGGUCCAGAAACUGGUGGAAGGUGGGAGCAUCGUGUUUGAAUGCCAGGUUGGAGGCAACCCAAAGCCCCAUGUCUACUGGAAAAAAUCUGGUGUUCCUCUAACAACUGGAUACAGAUACAAAGUAAGUUACAACAAACAAACUGGUGAAUGCAGACUGGUGAUUUCUAUGACCUUCGCUGAUGAUGCAGGAGAAUACACUAUUGUUAUCCGUAAUAAGCACGGAGAAACUUCUGCCUCCGCUUCCUUACUUGAAGAAGCUGAUUAUGAUUCACUGAUGAAAUCCCAGCAAGAAAUACUUUACCAGACACAAAUGACUGCAUUUGUUCAGGAACCCAAAGUUGGAGAAAUAGCACCUGGAUUUGCAUACUCUGAGUAUGAAAAAGAAUAUGAAAAAGAACAGGCCUUAAUUAGGAAGAAAAUGGCCAAAGAUACUGUAAUGGUCAGAACAUUUAUAGAAGACCAGGAAUUCCAUAUUUCUUCUUUUGAAGAGAGACUCAUUAAAGAAAUUGAAUACAGAAUAAUAAAAACUACAUUAGAAGAACUUCUUGAAGAAGAUGGAGAAGAAAAGAUGGCAGUUGAUAUUUCUGAAUCUGAAGCCAUUGAAUCAGGAUUUGAAUUAAGAAUCAAGAAUUAUAGAAUUCUAGAAGGGAUGGGUGUCACUUUUCAUUGCAAGAUGUCUGGAUAUCCAUUACCCAAGAUUGCGUGGUACAAAGAUGGCAAACGUAUCAAACAUGGAGAAAGAUACCAGAUGGACUUUCUACAAGAUGGCAGAGCUAGUCUGCGUAUACCUGUUGUUCUUCCAGAAGAUGAAGGAAUCUAUACUGCAUUUGCUAGCAAUAUUAAAGGAAAUGCAAUUUGCUCAGGAAAGUUGUAUGUAGAGCCUGCAGCACCACUUUCAGCUCCAACUUACAUACCCACACCAGAACCCAUGAGCAGAAUCAGGUCUGUCUCUCCACGUUCAGUGAGCAGGUCUCCUAUACGCAUGUCCCCUGCACGGAUGUCCCCUGCACGGAUGUCCCCUGCAAGAAUGUCCCCUGCACGGAUGUCCCCUGCAAGAAUGUCCCCGGGACGUAGGCUGGAGGAAACAGACGAGUCACAACUUGAGAGACUGUAUAAGCCAGUCUUCGUGUUAAAACCUGCUUCCUUCAAGUGUUUAGAAGGACAAACUGCCAGAUUUGACUUAAAGGUUGUGGGUAGACCUAUGCCAGAAACAUUCUGGUUUCAUAAUGGCCAGCAAGUCGUCAAUGACUAUACCCAUAAGGUAGUCAUUAAAGAAGAUGGUACCCAAUCACUCAUUAUUGUUCCUGCAACGCCCAGUGAUUCUGGGGAAUGGACUGUGGUUGCCCAAAAUAGGGCAGGGAAAUCUUCAAUUUCAGUGAUUUUAACUGUGGAAGCUGUGGAACAUCAGGUAAAACCAGCAUUUGUGGAAAAACUGAAAAAUGUCAACAUCAAGGAAGGCUCCCUGCUUGAAAUGAAAGUCAGAGCUACUGGUAACCCCAACCCUGACAUCGUAUGGUUGAAAAACAGUGACAUCAUCGUACCUCAUAAAUAUCCAAGAAUCAGGAUUGAAGGAACCAAGGGAGAAGCUGCCCUUAAAAUCGAUUCCACUGUCAGCCAAGACUCUGCCUGGUACACUGCAACUGCUAUUAAUAAGGCUGGCCGAGACACCACAAGGUGCAAAGUAAAUGUUGAAGUUGAGUUUGCAGAGCCUGAACCAGAGAGAAAGUUAAUCAUUCCACGUGGGACAUAUAGAGCAAAGGAGAUUGCAGCCCCAGAACUGGAGCCCCUCCAUUUGCGAUAUGGUCAAGAGCAGUGGGAAGAAGGUGACCUCUAUGACAAAGAGAAACAACAGAAACCUUUUUUCAAGAAAAAACUCACUUCCCUAAGACUUAAGCGCUUCGGACCUGCCCAUUUUGAAUGCAGACUAACACCGAUUGGUGACCCAACAAUGGUAGUGGAGUGGCUUCAUGAUGGAAAGCCCCUGGAAGCAGCCAACAGGCUCCGUAUGAUCAAUGAAUUUGGGUACUGCAGUCUUGAUUAUGGAGUUGCAUAUAAUAGAGACAGUGGCGUCAUUACUUGCAGAGCCACUAACAAAUAUGGAACAGAUCACACAUCUGCUACCCUUAUCGUUAAAGAUGAGAAAAGUCUUGUGGAAGAAUCUCAGUUGCCUGAGGGGAGGAAAGGCCUGCAGAGAAUUGAGGAAUUAGAGAGAAUGGCUCAUGAAGGUGCACUUACAGGUGUAACAACAGAUCAAAAGGAAAAGCAAAAGCCAGACAUCGUCUUGUUCCCAGAGCCAGUAAGAGUGCUUGAAGGGGAGACAGCUAGAUUCCGCUGCCGAGUAACAGGCUACCCUCAGCCCAAGGUCAACUGGUACCUCAACGGACAGCUCAUUCGCAAAAGCAAACGGUUCAGAGUUCGCUAUGAUGGCAUUCAUUAUCUGGACAUAGUGGACUGCAAAUCAUAUGAUACAGGUGAAGUCAAGGUCACGGCAGAAAAUCCUGAAGGUGUGAUAGAGCAUAAAGUGAAACUUGAGAUCCAACAGAGGGAAGAUUUCAGGUCUGUCCUUAGGCGAGCUCCUGAACCAAAGCCUGAGUUUCAGGUUCAUGAACCUGGAAAACUUCAGUUUGAAGUACAAAAGGUAGAUCGACCUGUCGACACGAGCGAAACCAAAGAAAUCGUGAGAUUGAAGAGGGCAGAAAGAAUCACCCAUGAAAAAGUGUCUGAGGAGUCGGAAGAGCUGCGCAGUAAAUUCAAGCGCAGAACUGAGGAGGGAUAUUAUGAAGCCAUCACAGCCGUGGAGCUCAAGUCUCGGAAGAAGGACGAAUCCUAUGAAGAACUCCUGAAGAAGACGAAAGAUGAACUUCUCCACUGGACCAAAGAGUUAACUGAAGAGGAGAAGAAAGCCCUUGCCGAAGAAGGCAAAAUCACUAUUCCAACAUUUAAACCUGAUAGAAUUGAACUUAGCCCUAGUAUGGAGGCACCCAAAAUCUUUGAAAGAAUCCAGAGUCAAACAGUAGGUCAAGGAUCUGAUGCACACUUCAGGGUCAGAGUUGUGGGGAAACCAGACCCUGAAUGUGAAUGGUACAAAAAUGGUGUGAAAAUCGAGCGAUCUGACCGAAUCUAUUGGUACUGGCCAGAGGACAAUGUUUGUGAAUUGGUCAUAAGAGAUGUGACUGCCGAGGACUCAGCCAGCAUCAUGGUUAAAGCUGUCAAUAUAGCUGGAGAAACCUCAAGUCAUGCAUUCUUACUUGUCCAAGCCAAGCAAUUGAUCACUUUCACACAGGAAUUACAAGAUGUCGUUGCUAAGGAAAAGGACACCAUGGCAACGUUUGAGUGUGAAACUUCAGAGCCAUUUGUCAAAGUGAAAUGGUAUAAAGAUGGCAUGGAGGUGCAUGAAGGAGAUAAAUACAGGAUGCACUCAGACAGAAAGGUCCACUUCCUCUCUGUGCUGACCAUUGACUCCUCUGAUGCUGAAGACUACAGCUGUGUUCUUGUAGAAGAUGAAAAUGUCAAAACAACAGCAAAACUUAUUGUUGAAGGUGCUGUUGUGGAGUUUGUCAAAGAACUUCAGGACAUAGAAGUUCCAGAAUCAUUUUCAGGAGAGUUAGAGUGUAUCGUGUCCCCAGAAAAUAUAGAAGGGAAAUGGUAUCAUAAUGGUGUGGAGCUUAAGUCCAAUGGCAAAUACACAAUCACAUCUCGCCGAGGACGUCAGAACCUCACAGUCAAGGAUGUAACCAAAGAGGAUCAGGGAGAAUACAGCUUUGUUAUCGAUGGGAAAAAGACAACUUGUCACCUUAAAAUGAAACCCCGCCCCAUUGCUAUUCUACAAGGACUUAGUGAUCAAAAAGUCUGCGAGGGUGACAUUGUCCAGCUUGAAGUUAAAGUCUCCUUAGAAAACGUGGAAGGCAUCUGGAUGAAAGAUGGCCAAGAAGUCCAGCACAGUGACCGAGUUCACAUCGUGAUUGACAAACAGUCCCACAUGCUGCUCAUUGAAGACAUGACCAAGGAAGAUGCUGGAAACUACUCCUUCACCAUUCCUUCCCUUGGACUCUCCACCAGUGGACGUGUCUCAGUCUAUAGCGUUGAUGUGAUAACACCUCUAAAAGAUGUCAACGUGAUCGAGGGUACCAAGGCUGUGCUCGAAUGUAAGGUCUCAGUCCCUGAUGUCACUUCUGUUAAGUGGUAUGUGAACGAUGAACAGAUCAAGCCCGAUGACCGUGUACAAGCCAUUGUCAAAGGCACUAAGCAGCGACUUGUGAUUAACCGAACUCAUGCUUCAGACGAAGGACCUUACAAGCUGAUGGUUGGCAGAGUUGAAACCAGCUGUGACCUCUCUGUGGAAAAAAUUAAAAUUAUCAGAGGUCUUCAUGACCUUACCUGCACAGAAACUCAGAACGUGGUCUUUGAGGUUGAGCUAUCCCACUCAGGAAUCGAUGUCUUAUGGAAUUUUAAGGACAAGGAAAUCAAACCCAGUUCUAAAUAUAAAAUUGAAGCUCAUGGGAAGAUAUACAAAUUGACAGUUCUAAACAUGAUGAAAGAUGAUGAAGGAGAAUAUACAUUUUAUGCUGGAGAAAAUAUGACAUCUGGAAAACUUACAGUGGCAGGUGGGGCAAUCUCCAAGCCACUCACAGAUCAGACUGUAGCUGAAUCCCAGGAAGCUAUAUUUGAAUGUGAAGUUGCCAACCCUGAUUCUGAAGGUGAAUGGUUGAGGGAUGGCAAACACCUGCCACUCAGCAACAACAUCAGAAGUGAAUCUGAUGGCCACAAAAGGAGACUUGUUAUUGCUGCCACCAAGUUAGAUGACAUUGGAGAAUAUACCUAUAAGGUGGCCACUUCCCAAACAUCUGCCAAACUCAAAGUUGAAGCUGUCAAAAUUAAGAAGACUCUGAAGAAUCUCACAGUGACAGAGACACAGGAUGCUGUUUUUACCGUCGAGCUUACACAUCCUAAUGUCAAGGGUGUCCAGUGGAUCAAAAAUGGGGUUGUGCUGAAAUCCAAUGACAAGUAUGAUAUCUCAGUCAAAGGAACAAUUUACACUCUGAGAAUUAAAAACUGUGCCAUCGUGGAUGAGUCUGUCUAUGGCUUCAAGCUUGGAAGGCUGGGAGCCAGUGCCAGACUGCAUGUUGAGACUGUCAAGAUCAUUAAAAAGCCAAAGGAUGUCACUGCCUUGGAAAAUACCACUGUUGCCUUCGAAGUCAGUGUUUCCCAUGACACGGUUCCAGUAAAAUGGUUCCAUAAGAAUGUGGAGAUUAAGCCAAGUGACAAGCACAGACUGGUCUCAGAGAGGAAGGUCCACAAGCUGAUGCUGCAAAACAUUGCCCCCUCAGACGCUGGGGAAUAUACAGCUGUGGUGGGGCAACUGGAGUGCAAGGCAAAGUUGUUUGUGGAGACAUUACACAUCACAAAAACCAUGAAAAGCAUUGAGGUACCUGAGACCAAAACUGCCUCCUUUGAAUGCGAGGUGUCCCACUUCAAUGUCCCUUCCAUGUGGCUGAAGAAUGGAGUGGAAAUUGAGAUGAGUGAAAAGUUCAAGAUAGUUGUGCAGGGAAAACUCCACCAGCUCAUCAUCAUGAACACCAGCACAGAAGAUUCAGCAGAAUACACGUUUGUCUGUGGCAAUGACCAAGUCAGUGCCACCCUGACAGUGACUCCAAUCAUGAUUACAUCCAUGCUAAAGGACAUCAAUGCUGAAGAAAAAGACACCAUUACCUUUGAGGUGACAGUAAACUAUGAAGGCAUCUCUUACAAAUGGUUAAAGAAUGGUGUGGAAAUCAAGUCAACUGACAGGUGCCAGAUGAGAACCAAAAAGCUCACACACUCACUGAACAUCAGGAAUGUUCACUUUGGAGAUGCUGCUGACUACACAUUUGUGGCUGGAAAAGCAACCUCAACAGCCACACUUUAUGUGGAAGCUCGUCAUAUAGAGUUCAGGAAACACAUUAAGGACAUUAAGGUUCUUGAGAAAAAGAGAGCCAUGUUUGAAUGUGAAGUCUCUGAACCUGACAUUACUGUACAGUGGAUGAAAGAUGGCCAAGAACUGCAGAUUGCAGAGAGAAUAAAGAUUCAGAAGGAGAAAUAUGUCCACCGCCUUUUGAUCCCAUCCACGCGGAUGUCCGACGCCGGCCAGUACACAGUGGUAGCAGGAGGCAACAUGUCCACUGCUAACCUCUUUGUAGAGGGCAGGGAUGUUCGCAUUCGAAGUAUUAAAAAGGAGGUUCAGGUCAUUGAGAAACAGCGUGCUGUAGUUGAGUUUGAGGUCAAUGAAGAUGAUGUAGAUGCCCAUUGGUACAAAGAUGGCAUUGAAAUUAAUUUCCAAAUCCAAGAACGACACCAAUAUGUGGUAGAGAGAAGAAUCCACCGUAUGUUUAUCUCUGAGACCAGACUGAGUGAUGCGGGUGAAUACACCUUUGUGGCAGGAAGGAACCGGAGUUCUGUGACUCUUUAUGUCAAUGCUCCAGAACCACCCCAAAUUCUGCAAGAGCUCCAGCCGGUCACUGUGCAGUCUGGCAAGCCUGCCCGUUUCUGUGCUGUGAUAUCUGGCAGACCACAGCCCAAAAUUUCCUGGUACAAGGAGGAACAGCUGCUUUCCACUGGCUUCAAGUGCAAAUUUCUUCAUGAUGGGCAGGAGUACAUGCUUCUGCUCAUUGAAGCCUUCCCAGAGGAUGCUGCUGUCUACACCUGUGAAGCCAAGAAUGACUACGGAGUUGCCACGACCUCUGCUUCACUUUCAGUGGAAGUUCCAGAAGUCGUGUCUCCUGAUCAGGAAAUGCCAGUUUAUCCUCCUGCCAUUAUUGCCCCACUUCAGGACACCGUCACUUCUGAGGGACGGCCAGCCCGUUUUCAAUGCCGAGUUUCUGGGACAGAUCUAAAAGUGUCUUGGUACAGCAAAGACAAGAAAAUCAAGCCAUCUCGGUUCUUUAGAAUGACUCAGUUCGAAGACACUUACCAACUGGAAAUUGCUGAAGCUUACCCAGAAGAUGAAGGAAGUUAUACUUUCGUUGCUAGCAACGCUGUGGGCCAAGUGUCAAGCACAGCCAACUUGAGACUGGAAGCCCCUGAAUCAAUGUUACAUGAGAGGAUUGAAGUGGAGAUGAAAGAGUUAUUCACCGAGGGGGAAGCUGAACCUUCAGAAGGAGAUACACGUGAUGCUUUUUCAGAUUCUGAAGACAUAGACCAUAGCUCCAUGACUGCUAAAAGAUAUGCAAGUAGAAUAUCAUCGACAAGCUCCUGGCCUGAAUAUUUCAAGCCUUCUUUUACCCAAAAACUUGCAUUUAAAUAUGUUUUAGAGGGUGAACCUGUUGUCUUUGCAUGUAGAUUAAUUGCCUGUCCAACUCCAGAAAUGACUUGGUUUCAUAAUAAUCGACCUAUCCCAACAGGUCUCCGUCGGGUUAUAAAAACUGAGAGUGAUUUACAUCAUCACUCCUCCAGCUUAGAGGUUAAAAGGGUCCAAGAUAGAGAUUCUGGAAGCUAUAGAUUAUUAGCCAUAAAUAGUGAAGGGUCUGCUGAAUCAACUGCCUCAUUGCUGGUUAUCCAGAAAGGGCAAGAUGAGAAAUAUUUAGAGUUUCUGAAAAGAACAGAACAGGCACAUGGAAACAUGGAGGCUUUAGCUGGAAGGAAGGAAGAUAGGAUAAAAGUUGACCUAAGGUUUACUGGCUCUCCCUUUAACAAAAGACAAGAUGUGGAACAAAAGGGAAUGAGGAGAACUAUACACUUUAACACAGUAAGUCCUGGCAAAAAAACAGAUUAUAUGUAUGAUGAAGAAUAUUUGGAAAAUAAAUCUGACAUAAGAGGAUGGCUCAAUGUAGGUGAAAGUUUCCUGGAUGAGGAGACUAAAAUGAAGUUACAACGUUUACGGGAGGCUAGGAGAAUGUUAUUGGAGAAAAAGAGGUGUCUAGAGGUGUCGCCAGAAAUAAGCCCAAACACUUUGAGAGGUGAAGUUAGUGAUACAGAUAUUCUGUUCUCUGGAGAGGAAACAAAGAGCGGGGUUGUGUUGGAACUCGCUGAGAACAGGGAUGAGAUGGCUAAUUUACCAGAAGGUGUCAUCCAUCUCCCAUGCACCCUCCCCAAUAAAAUGGAUCAACACAGGGAAUCCAGAGAACCUCCUAUAAGCUUACAAAGUGCUGUUGAUGAAGAAAUUCUCCAGACUGAAAUUAGCCUGAGGCAAGAGGCAUUUCUAGAAGAAAGUCUACAGAAAGAGUAUUUAUAUGAUAGGUCUCUAGUAAAUGAAAACAUCCAAGCACAGAGACAGUAUGAAGAAAUUGUGAGUAAUACUGCAAUUGAAGAGUCAUCCAAAUAUGUCACUAAUGUAUAUGAGAGUGAGGAAAUAUAUGAGACUCCCGAGAAUGUCUCUCAAGUCUCUAUACCAUAUGCCAGCGAAUCUUUUGAUACACUUGUACAUCUUAAAGAAAGCGAAGAAAUAGAUAGUGAAAGAAUGAGACAGUGUGAUUUGAGAGAAUUACAGCACUCUGCUUCCACAAAAAUUGAUGAAUUCAAAAGGGAACAGGAGGAAAAAACAACCCGAUUUUUUGAAAAUCCUUUCCAAAAACGUCCACAACGUUGUCCACCUUUAUUUCUACAAGAAAUUGAAUCUCAGGAAGUUUAUGAAGGUGACUGUUGUAAAUUUGUGUGUCAUUUUCAAGGAUAUCCUCAACCCAUAGUGACGUGGUAUAACAAUGAUAUACCAGUCCGACGUAAUCGAGGAUUUAUCACUCAGACGUCAGAAAACCAUUCAACUUUAACUUUUUCUUCUGUUCAUCCUCAAAAUGAAGGGACUGUUACCUGUGUGCUGUUUAACCAAUAUGGAACAGUAAAAGCAACCAGUAUGCUUAGAGUGAGAGCAAGAGAAAGGUAUGAUGUCCAACCACAGAAAGUCCCAGUAUUCCAGGAAUAUACAGAUGAGGAGGAAGAGCUGGCUUUGGUGUUUGACCAAGCAGAAGGUGUCCAUUCAUCUUUGAGUCGAGAGAGCCAAGCAGAUCUCCAUGUGUUAAAAAGUCAUGCACCAGGUCCUCCCUCUGCAGACACAGAAUUGCUCUCCUUCCCUGUAGAAAUUCAAAUAACAGCAGCCACUCCAACCCCAGAACAGGAUAAAGAGUUAAGAGAAAUAUUCCAGCUGGAACCUGAAGCCCCACCUCUAGAUCAAGCAAGUCAGUCACCAAAACACAAAUUUAUAUUCUCAUCCGAUAUUACUAAUGAGCCACCAAAAAUGUUACAAGAAAUGCCAAAGCAUGCCAGGUGUAGAGAAGGGGAUUCUGUGAUUCUUGAAUGCUUAGUAUCUGGUGAGCCUCAGCCAAUUGUAAUGUGGUUCCAAAAUGGAGCCCUUUUAAUGCAGAACCAGAAGUUCCAAUUUGAAGAAGUUGAUUAUAGCUACAGAUUACAUAUUCAUGAUGUUAAUUCUCAAGAUUCUGGGGAGUAUAAAUGUGUUGCUGAGAACAAUUCAGGAACCGUAGAGAGUGUUUUAGAUCUAACCGUGGAACCUGUCACGUACAGGGAAUACAGUCAAUUCAAAAACACUGGUGGAGUUUAUGCACCAUAUUCCAAAGAUCAACAAGUACAAAUUGAGGGAGAAUCUGUGAGGGCACAUUUUUAUGAUUAUCCAGCUGGUACUUUUACUCCCCCAACAAAUGUAAAAGAGUAUUCUGUAAGAGGGUAUUUUGAAAGCCUAGAGACAAUUGAGCAGGUAGACCAGAAAGAUCAGGUAUAUUGUACAACUCCUAAAGAAAAACUACCUAGAUUUAUGCAGGGUGCUUCUAGAUCCAUGAACAUCAACAAGCCUCUCAGGGCUGAGCUCAUACAAUGUCAAGAUGAAGAGGAAGAGGAACAUGCAAGUGAAAAAUCAAAGCUUCAUCAAGCAGAGGGUACUGCUUAUCCAAGUGUUGAUGAUUUCAGUGAUGCUGAUAUUCAGAAAGAGUUAAGAAAUGAUUUUGAAAAACUUGGAUCUGAAUGGGAAAAUGUGCAAGAACAUGCCCAAAGAGACUAUUUAUCCAAUAUCCACUCUGAGAGAAUUUCUGACAAAGUACAAAAUAUGAAAGACCCAUCUACCAUUAUGUAUGAAGAACCCUUUGAUGGAGAGAGAUACUACCUAGGGAAAAAGGUGAAGCAUAAAAUAAUUGCAUUUGAAAAGUUACAACAUGUAGAGAAAGGAGUUCUAGAAAAAAGGCCUACCAAGAAAUCAUUUGUUAAUCCUCCCCAAAGGAAGCUGGAAGACAUAGACAUUUCAUUAAAUCAAAGAGAAUCAAGAUUAAGUAAUCUAAAUGCAAAUAUGCAUCAGGCAGAGAAAAUGUCUUCAAACACUGAGACAGAUUCAGCUAACGUUGUAAUGAAUUUGAAGCUGCUUUCCUCUCAAACUCAUAAGGAAUUUGAAGUACAAGAAAGGGAAUACCAUAAAGAAAUAGGCUCUGUAGAUCAAUCUGCAGUUUCUGACAGGGUUGAACAUGAAGCACCUGUUACAUUUGACCUAAAGCAGUUUCAUUCACAAAUAGAAAAUGCAGGUGUAAUAUUCCAAGAAUUAGAUAGUGGUCAAUCAGAAGAAGCUUAUUUUAAAACCCAGCAUCCUGCUUCAACAGCAGCUGAUACUGAGCACAUUGUAUUUGACCUAAAACAAAUGUAUUCUCAUAUAGGAGAUCCAGCUAAGGAGUUCCAAGGACAAGAAACUAGGCAACAGCAGGAAACAUUCUAUAAAGAACAGACUCCUAGCCCUGAGACAUUACAAUCUGGUACCCAGAGUACCUCUCAAAGUGUACAAAAUAACAUAUUUACCAAUCAAGAAACUUAUCCUGGUCAGGAGUUUAGAACUCUGGAGAAAAGUCACAGUGAUGCAAAUGCCUCUUAUUUAGAAAAAGAAAUCCAACAUGUGCAGGAUCAAAGUACAGCAAUUUUAAAGACUGAGCAUUCUUUUAAGUCCUUUACUGAAGCAAUCUAUGGUGAAUCAUGUGCCCCAUUUCCAACCCCAUCUGCUGGGAGAGAAGAAACUGAUGUUUCUGAGGACAACGGAUCUCUAGAAAAUGGAAGUAGAAGUUUCAUCUCACAGCUGAAAAAAGCAGCAAGUGAGGAAAAACUUUUAGAGGUUGAUGAGAUGGAAGAAGAAGGCAUCAACCCAGACGUGGCCUCAUUCCAAAGGCAGGAUGGUGAGACACAGGGGGAUACAGAUGGAAUUUACAAAGGUGAUGCUCAGGACGCAGAUGCACUCCACAGACAGCUGUCUCUCAGUCAGUGCUUGCCAUUCUUGAUGACUGGAGAACAACCAAAUGCAAAUGAACCAACAAGUCAAAAAACUGAUGCCUCAGGAGAAGAAAAAGGUGAUGAAGAAGUUCAAGUUCAAGAUGAAGCUUCUUUCUCCACUGUAGAAGGAGAAAAGGCAGAAACUUGUUUUUCAGAAAAUCUUCCUAAACUGGAUGAGGCACAUGCAACAAAAGCCUUGGAGUCCGAGACCUCUCUGACACAAUAUUUACUUGCCGCUGGAAAAUCUGAGGUUCCUGAAACUAAAGACGUCAAACACCGAGCAAAACUUGUCCAGAGGGAGUCCAUCACUUCGAUGGAGGUUGAAGAAGUGACUUUCAACACUGUGUAUGAAUACUACAACCAAAAACAGGAAUCACUAGGUCGUCCAUAUUCUCCUGAAUCUGAUAUUUCCAUUGAUGUGGGAAGCAUAAGCAGUGAGGAAAUCUCUGAGUUAGAUCAAUUUUAUACCCCACCGUCGUCUGUGGAACAUUUUGAAUCUUCGGAUACAACUAAAGAACCAACUAAAAAUUCAGAAAGUGACUCUGUUGAAAGAUACUCCACACCUUUAGGGGAAGUUUCUGAAAGAUACUCAACACCCCCGGGGGAGACUCUAGAGAGGUACUCCACACCCCCAGGGGAGGCUCUAGAGAGGUAUUCUACACCCCCAGGAGAGGCUCUAGAGAGGUAUUCCACACCCCCAGGGGAGGCUCUAGAGAGGUAUUCUACACCCCCAGGAGAGGCUCUAGAGAGAUAUUCUACACCCCCAGGAGAAACACUAGAGAGAGAUUUUAUUCCUACCAAAGGACCAAACCCCACUAGAAAUUUAAAAAUGUCCCCAUCAAAAAUAGAAAGGGAGGACAGUACACCAAACGAACAUUUCCAUACGCCUACAGAAGAAAGAAGCUCAGCUUAUGAACUAUGGCGUUCCGAUUCAUUUGGCACACCCAAUGAAGCCAUUGAACCAAAAGACAAUGAAAUGCCUCCAUCUUUUAUUGAGCCUCUGACCAAAAGGAAGAUAUAUGAAAAUACAACAUUAGGCUUCAUUGUUGAAGUGGAGGGCCUUCCAGUUCCUGGUGUGAAAUGGUAUCGAAAUAAAUCGUUGCUAGAGCCAGACGAAAGAAUCAAAAUGGAAAGGGUGGGUAAUGUAUGCUCUUUGGAAAUUUCUAACUUUCAAAAGGGGGACGAGGGAGAGUACAUGUGCCAUGCUGUGAACAUCAUUGGGGAAGCAAAGAGCUUUGCCAAAGUGGACAUAAUACCCCAAGAAGAAAGGGCAGUGGCACUCCCACCUCCAGUAACACAUCAGCAUGUCAUGGAGUUUGAUUUGGAAAACACAACCUCAUCAAGAACACCUUCUCCUCAAGAAAUUGUCCUGGAAGUUGAAUUAAGUGAAAAAGAUGUCAGAGAAUUUGAGAAGCAAGUGAAAAUAGUCACAGUGCCCGAAUUUACUGCAGAUCAUAAAAGCAUGAUUGUGAAUCUAGAUGUUCUUCCGUUGAAUUUAGUACCUCCAAAUAUGGAUACAAGAGGGGAAGAAGACAGGGAUUUAAAAAUUGAUUUAGAAGUAUUUGACAUGCCUCCACGUUUCAUAACACCUAUUUGUGAUUUUAAAGUUCCAGAAAAUUCAGAUGCUGUAUUCAAAUGUUCAGUUAUAGGCAUCCCUACACCCGAAGUUAAAUGGUAUAAAGAAUAUAUGUGUAUUGAGCCAGAUAAUGUGAAAUAUGUGAUUAGUGAGGAAAAGGGAAGUCACACCCUUAAAAUUCUAAAUGUCUGUCCCUCUGAUAGUGCGACAUACAGAUGCAGUGCUGUGAAUUGUGUAGGAGAGGCUAUCUGUCGGGGCUUCCUCACCAUGGGAGAUUCUGAAAUAUUUGCUAUGAUAACACCAAAAAGUAAAGUGACUUUAAGCAGUUUAAAGGAAGAAUUGGUCUUAAAAAGCAAAUACGCAGACAGCUUUUUUGAAUUUCAGGUGGUGGAGGGGCCUCCCAGGUUUAUCAAAGGCAUUUCUGACUGUCAUGCACUAUUAGGCACAGCAGCGUAUUUCCAGUGUCUAGUCCGUGGCUCUCCAAGACCCACGGUUUAUUGGUACAAAGAUGGGAAACUGGUCAAAGGAACAAGAUUUAGUGCUGAGGAAAGUGGCAUAGGGUUCCACAACCUAUUUAUAACAAGUCUAGUAAAAAGUGAUGCAGGUGAGUAUAGGUGUGUAGCAACAAGCAAUUCAGGCAUGGCUGAGACUUAUGCAGUCCUCACCCUAACCUAA